CUCCUGCAGUGACUAUGUCUUUAGUGAAGGAGAGAACGGAGGAGAUGAUGGAUGGAUCCAGUGCUGGGGCCGAAGCUCCUUCCAUGGAGCCCAGUUCCAGGUUGUUCUGCUGUGGCUGGUUGAGGCGCUGCCUCCCUCUGACUUACAGAGAGGAGCUCUACCACAUCCUGUGUAUGACUGGACCCCUGGUUGCAUCUCGCAUCCUGAAUUAUCUGCUCCCAUUUGUCAUAACAAUGUUUUGUGGUCGCCUAGGAAACAGCGAGCUGGCUGGUUAUGGAAUAGCCUCAGCUACCAUCAGCAUUACAACAGCUGCCACAGGUACAGGACUUGCACUGGCUUGUGACACUUUGGUCUCUCAGACGUUUGGGAGAAAGAACCUGCUACGCGUGGGGGUGAUCCUACAGAGGGGCAUUCUAAUCCUCCUGCUCUUCUGCCUGCCAUGCUGGGCUCUGCUUAUCAACACCCAGCCCCUCCUUCUCCUCCUGGGACAAGACCCUGAGGUGGCCAGGAUAGCCCAGCUGUAUGUGCUUGUUCACUUGCCUGCUGUACCAGCUAUGUUUCUGCAUCAGCUUCAAGUAGCUUAUCUUCAGAACCAGGGUGUGAUCCUACCACAGAUGUAUGCAGCAGCUGCAGCUAACAUCGCCAAUGUGCUGACAAAUUAUAUCCUGAUCGUCUGGUUGGACUUUGGGUUGUAUGGGUCCGCUGCAGCCAGUACUCUGGCAGAGGUCUACAUUUGUGUUUUUCUCUAUGCUUACAUUCGCUGGAAGAGGCUGCACACUGAAACAUGGGGAGGUUGGUCUUUAGAGUCACUGCAGGAAUGGGGGGCUUACAUGAAGUUAGCAGUCCCCAGCUCAAUGAUGCUGUGCUUUGAGUGGUGGAUAUACGAACUAGGAGGAUUCUUAGCAGGGAUGCUGAGCGAAUUGGAUCUUGCAGCUCAACAUGCAGUCAUCACGUUGGCAACCUUGAACUACAUGUUCCCUUUAGGCAUUCAGGGUGCAGCUUGUGUGCGUGUGGGUAAUGCACUUGGGGCUGGAGACACUGCUGGAGCCGUCCUCACGUGCAAAGUUUCUCUGACAUGCACAGCUAUCCUAGCUGUCUUACAGGGUGCUGUGUUGGCUUCAUUGAAGUCAUUCAUUGGUUUCUUAUUUACAGAUGAUAGGCAGAUUGUAGAGCUAGUGUCAAAACUUAUGAGUGUCUACUGCGCUCUGGAGUUCUUUGAUGGUCUUGUGUGUGUCUGCAUGGGCAUUCUCCUGGGUUCAGGGCAGCAGAAGAUAGCAGCUGUGGCUAACCUCUUUGGUUACUACUGUAUUGGACUUCCACUGGGCAUCUCUCUCAUGUAUGCAGCAAAACUAGAAAUUAUUGGUUUUUGGUUGGGACUUCUUAUCUGUGUUUGCAUACAGUCUACAUUUUUCAUCAUUGUCAUUUUCAAACUUAACUGGGAGAGAUUAACAAAACAGGCCAUUGAACGUGCUGGAAAAUAUAAGAAGUCUGGGAUGAUAUCAGAUUUUGAAAGUGAUCCAAAUCGUCUGAUGCCAGAGAGUUUAGGCCCAAUGGAAUGCAUGUCAAACAAUGCAGAGAAUGGGAAUGAUUACCAGGCCGUGAGCUCUCAGGACUCAGAUGACGUCAGGAGCACACCAGUGGAUCAGGAACGACUGAGCAUCAGUCAGGAAGGAGCAAGAAUGCAUCAGGACGGAGGAAAGAGUUCAGAACCACUGUCUACCUCUCAGCUCAUCAUCAGGAGAGGCCUGACCACUCUGGCUGCUGUCCUCAUCUUUGCUGUAGGGAUGUCUAUUCAUAUCAUAGUGCCUCUGCCUGAGGUUCCUCAUGCUCUUGGUGCCAAUGCCACACAGUCUAACACCACGCUGCACUAUACUACACCUUCUCCUCAGACUACUUCAUUGAUGUCAAUUUGAAAUCAGCAUUCAGUUCUUUGACCUUUAUAAUCUUUAAUCUGAAAGACUUGUCAAAAUAAAGAUUUUAGGCUUGUUGUUGUGAAACUGCUGUUUUACACUGUCAUUUGAAACUGAGUUUGUCUUUUCAUUCUGUUGUUAUCUAUCUAUCUAUCUAUCUAUCUAUCUAUCUAUCUAUCUAUCUAUCUAUCUAUCUAUCUAUCUAUCUAUCUAUCUAUCUAUCUAUCUAUUAACAAAAGCUACAAGUGUCCUUGGCGUUCUAUAUAGUUAAUAUUUCCAGCAGUUUUUUUUACUCAGUUAACCCUUUCUGAACAUGUUCAAUAGUUCAUAGAGCUAUUUGUGUAACACUCUGUGUGGAAGUACAAGGUUAUAGGUGCUAUAUUCACUGCCAGUCUUGCAAAAUACCCAUUUAUGUUUCAGAAAUAGAAAGGAAUUUUCCACCCUCAAAAAAACAUAAAUCAGUGGUUGUAAUGGCUGUUAUCGUACUUUGUGAAACUCAACAUUAAGCUCGCAGGAAUUGUUUGUUUCUCCCAGCCGACCCCAUGAAGUCUUUCAUCUCUGCUUUCUUUGUAUCCGCAGCUCAUGCGCCUGUUCCUGAGUUUCCUCCUUUUCUUUGUGGUCACAAUGUUCAGCAGUGGUCCGCGAAAUCCAGUUUAUAUACUCAUACUUUUCUAAGAAUGCACAUAGAGGUGUGACUUAGUAUCCCAGGCUCAGACCUCAGAUGAGCUCUCCCUUUUGUAUAGUCGUCUUUGUGUUCACAUGCUUUUUGGGUGAUGUGAUGUAAUGUGAUGUGAUGGCUAGGAGCAAUGUGUAUGCCUGUGGGUGCACUCAUGAAAAAGGUUUUUGAGCUCUUAUACAUAUUAUUGCAAAGAAAUAAGAUGAAAUAUGAAGGACUUAAUGGCUCUAAUGUCUGUGUCCUUUAAAAGGAAUGUACAUUAGAGUAAAGCUUGUGUUCAUGUUUCGUAAUACGAUGAUUUAAACA